UCGCUGCAGAUGACUUUGUAAACAAGUGAUCCAGCUUUGGUCACGCCAUAUUGGCCGUACUGAAAAGGGUAUUCUAAAAAAAAUAAUGGUGAAGUAGAAAAUCAGUCUCGCGUGAUACGAGAAGUGAAAUCGAAAGGAGUUUUUUUUUCCUGAAUCAACACCCCUGGAAACAAAUCGGACGGGAUAUGAAGCGAGAAAGCGAGGUGGCUAGUUAGUUAACCUGGCUAAAUCAUCACAUGGAUUUCUGUUUUCUGCCGUUUCAGUAACAGUGGCGACAUCCGAGAAGAUAUAAAAUGAAGGCGCUGGGUUUGGUUUAGUGACAUUGGGCCCCGCUAAAGCUAGACAGCUAGCCGCUGCAGUUGCCAUGGAUUUUGCUACCCUUAAUGUCACCGAGCGCUGUGCCAGCCUGUUUGACGCACGAGUGCUGCCUGCUGUGUAAAACGGAUAGUCUGUGAGCUAGCUGGCUAGCUAACUGGCUAGCUCGCUAGAAUCUGGCUGGUUGUAGGACUGUGGUCGAAGGGGUCGUGAACGUUAGCUACUUGACACACUUUGCGUUCCUAACUAGCCAGCUAGUUAGCUAUAGCGCCUGUGUUUAUAUUUCCUUCGGAGAUUAUUCGUUUAAGAUGGCGCUUGCCGAAGUAAAGGAAAAUACAGCCAAGGAAAAGGAAUGCACGGCCAGGCCAGGGCCGGGUGUCGGCCUGCGUAGCAGACCGUGUACCAGCGAAAGAGACGGAAAAGUGCGGGCUGUCAAAGCUUCGCUCCUGGAGAGAUUAGGACCGUACGAGCCGGUGGUAACCUACCUACAAUCAGUACUGGUGUGGCAAAGGCCGUUCCACAGCGUGCUGCUGUACACGGUGGUUAACGUUGUCUUCUGGUUCUUUGCCCUUACCUCUCUGCGCCUGCUGUUCCUGCUGUCCACUGGCCUGGCGGCGGCCGUGUGCAUCGAUACCUGGAGGAACCGGAUCUGGCCAGAGAUCAGAGUCAAGCGGCCAGAUGAUUAUGAAAAUGAGAGCUGGGGCCUGGUGCAGCCCGGGAUCCUCAGCGUUCCGGAGCUGUGCCAUCACAUGGCUGAGGCGUGGGUGACCGGGUCGUCCUUCGGAACGAGCUGCUUGCACUUCAAGCGGCACAGUCCAGGAAAGUUCUGUGUUCUGUCAUGUGGCCUCUGUAUCUUCCUGGCCAUGGUUGGACGCUACAUUCCUGGACUGGUGCUGGCCUACUCUGCUGUGCUGGCGGUGCUGCUGUGCCCGCUGGCGGCGUACCACAGGGUGUGGCCGAAGCUGUGCGUGAAGCUGGAGCCGGCCCUGCAGCGGCUGGACUUCAGCGUGCGGGGGUACAUGAUGUCCAAGCCCAUGGAAAACCAGUUCCUCCGCAAGCCCAUCAGGCACACUGCCACAGCGGACGCCAGUGACAGCGAGGAGGAGCUGGCUGCCUUCUGCCCCACGCUGGAUGACGCGGUGGUGGCCAGGGAGCUGGCGAUCACCGACUCGGAACACUCUGACGCCGAGGUGUCCUACACGGACAACGGCACUUUCAACCUGUCCAGAGGUCAGACUCCACUCACUGAAGGCUCGGAAGAUCUCGACCGCCACAGUGACCCCGAGGAGUCCUUCGCCCGAGACCUCCCCGACUUCCCCUCCAUCAACCCGGACGCCACGCUGAUGGAUGAUGACGACGACACCAGCAUCGGGCUCCCCAGCCUGGGCCCCUCCGGCCUGUCGGGCCCCCGUGCCUCCGUGCUCGACGUGGACGCCCACCUGGACUCGGACCAGGAGGAGCUGGACGCCGAGCUCUCCCUGAGCGGCCUACCCCCCGCCCGCGACCUGACGGGCGAGAUCGCCGGCGUACUCGCCAGCAACAUGAUCCAGGCCGCCCUGGCGGGGGCCAUGCAGCCGCACCCCCCGGCCGGCCCCCGCAGGGAGGGCCCGCCCAGGGCCGGCCCCCACCGCAGCUUCCGCAAGCAGUCCAGCUCGGAGCUGGACACCGACCUGGACGGGGAGGACUUUGAAAUGCUGGACCAGUCGGAGCUCAACCAGAUGGACCCGUUAGGACCGUCCGGGCGGGGCGGCGGGCAGGGCGGACAGCAGUCGAGGACCCAGGGGUCCAGCUUCCUGUCCAACCUGCUGGGAAAGCCGCAGUAAAGCCGUCUCUCGUGUACAUGUCCUCGUAUGGAACAAGCUGUGCUUGGGUGUUGAGUGCAUGCGUAGACGUGAUGUUCGGUCCCAGCAGCCAAGCGCCUGCCUUGAGCUGCCGUCAGUAUCACUGUGAAGUUAUAUCAUUUGCUUUUUGUGACAUUGCUACUUCCUCUCAAGCUUGUCCAUGCAAGACAGUACAGUCUUGACAGUUUUUUUUGUAGGCUAAGCAAUAGGACACACCUAAUCUACAGCAAUGGAAAAUUACACAAAAGGUCACAACAAACCAGUUUAACUACAGUACUUCCCGAUCGUGUCAUCCUAUUUCUAUGUGAAGGUUGCAGACAGGAAUUUUUCAUAUGAGGCAAAUCUACAGAAACAGCAGAAAAAUCAAGAUGUCAGUAUUCCUGCGUUUAUUUCAAAGUAAAACCGUUAACUAGACACAUGGAACAGUAACAUGGGACCAAACAGGUACAUUCCUGCUGUUAGUUAAAUCAUUUUGAAAUCAAACUGCUUGUUUACAAAAAAACACGUGCGAGCAAUAUUAGAUUCCCCAUGAAUUUUUUUGCAAUUAUAUCAUUAGCUUGCUAAUAGAUUGGUACUGUUACCAUUACUAUGUAGAAUGCCUCUCAGCGUCAUACGUGGUUUCAGUGACGUCAGGAUUACUUCAGCAGUUUAUGUAUGCGAAUAUGAUGUCCACAACAACCAUCUUAGUAUCGUACAGCAAGUGCGUAUAAUUGAGAUCACAAUGCCAGCAGAAAGUCUUAAAGGCUAACAUAAUCAAUAUUAUUUUUUAUUAUUCUAGUCAAAAAUAAAACAGGGAAUUACCUUGAUUUCUGUCAGAAAUCAAUUCAGCCACGAACCGCGUGUGACGUACCUCAGUGUCUGAUCUGCACCUGAGCCUCCCUUUCGGCUGCCGAGUUCACGGUUCACAAUUGGCAGCGGUUGAUCCACGUGUGCGUGAGAGUGUGUGUGCAUGUGUUGGGAGUAAUGGAGGCCCCUUGUUUCCCCUGAUGUUUUUAGAAAAUAACGUUUUUCACAUGAAUUGCGGCUUGUGAGUGAAGAGAACAAAUUACAGUGGCCUAUUCAACUGCGAACCGUUUGGCACAUUUUAAUGUCAGGGCGAGAUCAGAAAAGGAGCCGCAUGGCUAUUUUAGGGUGUCCUAAAUCUCUGAGCAUGGAUCUGCAUGUGUAAAAGGACCAAACCUUUUGGCACUGUCUACCUGUGCGUUCUGAUGUUCUGAAGAAAGUUCUGAAGUCACGUUGUUUUUGGGGGUGCAACUGACUGAGCUAGACUGCUAGAUGUAAACUUCUUCAUGCACUAGAAUGCACCAUAUCUAGUACGGUGAGGUUAACAUGCUGAUUUACCAAGUAAUCAAAAUCCAGCAUCUUGCACGGCCAUCUUGCAGGAUCCCUGAAG